AGCAACAACAAACGGCGCCAAAAUAGCGUUGCGAAAAUGGCAAAUAAAUCCGGGAGCAGAGCACACGCCGCCACGAUGAGCGUGAGCAUGGACGAGUCCAUCUGCGCGUACUUCGUGAACAACCUGAAGCCGGGCGCGGAGGCCCAGGAGGCGUCUGGCGAGGCGCUCCUGGAGCAGUUUGAGGCGUCGCUGGAGCUGCUAUCGCAGCAGCUGGCGGAGACGCAAAUCCGGCAGAUAAAACCCAGCGAGGGAUAUCCUUUAAUAGCCGCUGGGAACCUGACCAAGAAGGAUGUCUUUGUGCUGGCCCACUUCGAGGGCGACUUCUUCGAGCAGCUGCAGCAGACGCGCGCCCUCAUCCUGGGGCCACCCUGCCUGCUCAGCUGCCUGCGACGCAACGAACCCAUUCCCGAGGGCGGCAGCAAGGCCAUCUACACGACGGCCAUGCGGGAUCUGCAGGUCUCGGCCACCGGGAUCACGCCCCAGAAGAAGGAGGAGCUCAGCCGGCUCAUCCACUGGAUGGGCGGCAGCUACUUCCAGAGCUUCGGCCACCGCACCACGCACCUCAUCGCAAACACCAUCAAAUCCAGCAAGUACGAGCAGGCCACGCUGAACGGAGUGCCCGUGAUGCACGUGGACUGGGUGCAGUACGUCUGGGAGCAGAGUCGCCGCAGUCAGGGUGACUCAUUCAGGGCCACCGAUCCGGAUUGCGACAAGUACCGCCUGCCCAUCUUCUUUGGAGCCAACAUCACGUGCAGCGGCUUGGAUGUCGCUCGCAAGGAUCAGGUGAUGCGGCUGGUCAACGAGAACGGCGGCAUCUAUCAUCGCGCCUUUCGCUCCCAGGUGGUGGACAUCGUCAUCACCGAGCAAUCGAAGACGGACACCGAGAAGUACAAGGCGGCCAUACGCUACAAGAAGGAUGUCUUGCUGCCCGAGUGGAUCUUCGAGAGCUGCAAUCGUGGUUAUGCUUUGCCCACCAAGGACUACGAGGUGCGCGCCGGCAAGACAGCCGCCUCCACGCCCACAAAGAGCACACGUUCCGUUGCUGAUCAGUCGCAGCUCUCGGAUCUCUCGAGGAUCAGCUUCGUCUCCGGCUCGCGGCGCAUGUGCAGCGAUCUGACCACGGUCAAUGAAUCCGUGAGCAGUGGCAUGGGCUCCCCUGCCAAGGAGCUGCUCAAACAGGCCACUGCCUCCAGCAGAAACUACCAGCAGGUGCUGGCCGAGAUUUGUCCGCGGCAGGCGAAGAAGGCGGGAGCUUUUCUAGACGGCUGCUGCGUCUAUUUGAGUGGCUUUCGUUCGGAGGAGCGGGAGAAACUGAACAGAGUGCUAAAUACCGGGGGAGCCACCCGCUACGACGAGGCCAACGAGGGCAUCUCGCACAUCAUUGUGGGCCAACUGGACGACGCUGACUACCGCCAGUGGCAAAGCGACGGUCUCAUGGGCUCCGUGCAUGUGGUGCGCCUCGAUUGGCUGCUGGAGAGCAUACGAGCUGGCCGCCUGGUCAGCGAGCUAGUGCAUCGCGUGUCGCUGCCGCAGAACCGCGAACCCGACGUUGCCUCGCCGGCCAGCAAGCGAACGCUGCGCUCCAUGAACCACAGCUUCAAGCAGCCCACGCUGCCCAUCAAGAAGAAGCUGUUCGAUCAGGAGGCGGAUCCUGUGCAGCAGGAGGAGGAGGAGCAGCCGGAUCACACGCUGCUGGAUCAGUACUCGCAGGAUCAGGGAGCAGUGGCCCAGCUUCCCCCGGCGGAUGUGAGUCUCCUGCAGCCGGCAGCCAGUUCCACGCAAAUGGAGAUACGUCUAAGGAACUCAAUGGUUAAUCCCAAUCCCCCAGCUCCCCUCCAGCAAAUACCCGAUUUGAGUGCCAGCACUUUGUCCAUUGACUUUGAGAAACUAGACUACUUUCAGGGCCACUCGGUCUACGUGCACAAGGAUUGCUUCAAUGCGGAGUUCUACCAACAAAUGCUCACCGAAUGCGAGACGGCCCAGGGUCUGCUGGUCCCCUCGAGCUUCGCCGACGAGGUGGACUACGCCAUCGUCAGCUUCGAGGUGGCCUUCGAUGCGCAGGAGCUGCCCGUGCGGGCCAGGAAUAUAGUCACCGAGCUGUAUCUCGAGAGCUGCAUGAAGAAGAACCAGCUGCUGCCGCUGGAAUACUACCACCAGCAUGUGCCCGCCGCUGCACUGCGUCAGCCCUUGAAGGGUAUGACCAUUGUGGUCUCUAUUUAUGCGGGAUUGGAGAGGGAUUUCAUCAACUCCGCGGCCGAAUUGCUGGGCGCCUCGGUCAACAAGACUUUUAUCAAAAAGGAGAAGCCACUGCUCGUGUGUCCCACUGCCGAGGGCUCCAAGUACGAGGGCGCCAUCAAGUGGCACUAUCCCGUCGUCACCUCGGAGUGGCUGGUGCAGUGCGCCCGCACGGGCGAGAAGCUGCCCUAUGUGGGUCACCUGGUGGGCCAGAGUCCCGAGGAUUUCCCUAUAUCACCGCGUCUGCGGGAGAGUAAUGCCAGGACGAACAGAACGCGACCGGAGGAGGCUACCCUGGUGGCUCCGCCGCCGCUGGAGGAGGAGGAGAAUCAACCGGAACUAACACCGCUGCGCAAUCGCAGGGUUUCCGAGCUGGCUGGAAAUCCAGGGGGACGCCUUCGCAGCUCUGGCUCCUCACCCGACUCCCCCUGCACGCCGCUCAGCCAGGUGGGCGCCCAGAAGUACAACCUCGACUUCCUCGAGCAGUUCGUCCAGCGGCUGGACACCGACGAGGGCAAGGACUGUGUGCGCGAGAUCAUCCGCGAGAUGCAGGCCAACCAGACGCCGGAACUAGAGCGAAUUCGUCGGCAGGCCUGUACUCCGAUCAGCAGGAAGCAUCCUCGCCCUGCGCCUGGUAUACCCGACUUUUGCCUCACUCCGGAGUUCCAGCAGCGCAUGGCCGAUGACUUCGAGCGGCGCUGGCGCCUGCCCACCCAGAAGAUCAAGCCGGACACUCCGCUGGCCGUCAUCAGGCAGCGGGUGAUGAGGAUUACCUGCGAGACUCUGGGCAUUGAGUAUGAGGAGAAGCAGGAGGAAAAGGAGAAGGAGAAGGAGCCACCAAGCACGCUGAAGAAGAAGCCGCCCACGAGAACCCAGGCCACCAAGCUCAACUUUGAUAGAUCCCCUAAAACACCCAAGCUUUCUGUAAGCAAGAAGACGCCGCUGAGGGCCAGCCAAUCGCCCUUCCUGGUGGCCAACACACAGAGUCCAAGGGCAGCCGGAGCAGCUGCCUCCGCAGAGAGCGAGGAAGGCCAGAGCACCAUUAACUUCGACAAGAUCAGCUUCGAGGAGUCGGCUGCUCCGUUGGCGGCGCCGCCGGAUGUCAAGCAGAUCACCGACUACCUGAAGAACUGCGAGUCGCGGCGGAACAGUUUGAAGCGCAGCCACGACAGCGACUUGGUGGAGUGUCCAGAGAGCGAGGUGCAGUACGUCCAGCCCUUCGAAUCGGAGGGCUUUGCUUUGCACACCGAGGACAUGGUCGACUGGCGCGAUCCGGCCGAGUUCAACGCGGCCAAGCGGCGAUCCUCGGGCGGUGGUUCGCCCAAGAUGCAGUACCGCGGCAUUCCCUGCUUCACCAUUUCGUGUGGCGACGAUGAGGAGAAGCGCGAGGAGGUCAUCCAAAGGAUUGGCCAGCUGGGCGGUCGGUUGUGCGAGAAUCUAAUCAACUACGACGACAACUGCAGCCACCUGCUGUGCGAGCGCCCGAAUCGCGGCGAGAAGAUGCUGGCCUGCAUAGCGGCGGGCAAGUGGAUCCUCAACAUGCAGUACAUCGAGCAGUGUCACUCGCGGGGUUACUUUUUGGACGAGGCUCUGUACGAGUGGGGCAACCCGAAGGCCCUGAAUCUGCCCGCUUUGGCGCCCGAGGAGGAGCCCAUUGCGGCGGCCGUGCAUCGUUGGCGCACCGAGCUGAGUGCCAGCGGCGGAGGAGCCUUCUCCCAUCACCGGGUGAUCCUCAGUCUGCACGAGCGGAGUGGAGCGCCCAUUAGGAAUGUUUUGCGCGCCGGCGGAGCCAGCAUUGUGGAGGCGAAGUCACCAUUUGCCGCGGAUCCUUUGGCCUCCACCGCCACCCAUUGCUUUGUGGACACCAGGAAGGCGCCGCUGACGCAAGAGGAUUUGACGCAUCUCCUGCAGAGCGGCGUCCAGGUGCUCAGCCAGAUGGCCAUCAACACCUACUUGAUGAACGGCCGGGAUGCCGAUCUGGGGAAGUACGAGGUGAAGUGAAGUUCCAAUCGCCUUUUUGUUCCUGUUCCAAAUUGAUAUUUUCUUUUCUAGUUUAUACAAAAGUUAUAAAUUUAUAGCCUCAAGCGGCUUGAAUUUAAAUUAGUUUAAUCAUGAAUUUUUUUGUUUUUGUACUGAAAGUCGAUUUGUCUCCAAAUUGAACAUUUAACCAAGCAUGAUUUAUAAUUUACCACUGCUAAAAAGAAUUUGUACAAGUCAACACAUCUAAUUUGCUGGCUUUCUUUUUGUUUCAUUUCAUAAAAAUUUUUAUUUUGAAAAAAUAAUCGAAAAAUAUUUCAAGGACAAAUUGGCUUUCGGUUUUCUUUUCACUAAGUGUGUAAUUUUUAUUUCUUUCUAUCCAAGAGAUAUUUAUUUUUGUGCUAUUACUUCAUUCCGAUUCUUUAUUAAAUAAAUGAAAUUAUAAAU